AUGAACUUAAGCAAUGAUGACGAUGACGCAACGCUUCAAGUGGGUGGACCACGGUCCGAUGUUCCGGACAAGGGCAAAGUUCAGCCUCGUUGGCCUACGAGAGUGUUCGCCACACAGGUCGUACAAAGGUUGAUGAGCGUCUGUGAUACCGAGAGGGCACAUCUGGAUCUCUCCCUGGCAAAGGAGCUGCAAAUGUCGUCUGGCGGUCGAGCUGACUAUUUGGUUUUACAUCUAUCUGAUUUGGUACGAAUGUCAUUUAUGGGUGCAACAAGUGAUAAUACGGAAUUGAGGCUAGCUGGCCUGAAUUCACUUCAGGAUGUCAUCACGCGGUUCUCAACCGUACCAGAACCCGAAUUCCCAGGGCAUGUCAUACUAGAACAGUUCCAGGCGCAGGUCGGAGCUGCUCUCCGUCCCGCAUUCACGGAAGAUACACCAAGCCAUGUUACUGCUGCAGCUUGUCAAGUGUGCAGCACAUGGAUCGGUAGCGGAGUUGCUCGGGACUUGAAUGAUUUGAGGAGGGUGCAUCAGCUGCUGGUAUCGUCACUGGGUAAACUAAAGCAUGGCUCAAUCAACACUCAACUGUAUAGCGAAAGUGCUGCAACGCUGGAGAAGCUAUCUAUUCUGAAGGCUUGGGCAGAAGUGUACGUAACGGCCGUCGCUCAGGAAACGGAGAUCAAUGAAAACCGGAAAGAAGACGAUGAUGAUAUCAAUGUUGUGGGAUCAUCGGAAAGCUUGUUAUCGCUGGUUCGACCCGAACUCGAUUCUCUGGUGUGUUACUGGUUAGCAGCUCUUCGAGAUUCCGCUUUGCUCUCACUUCCAGCACAAUUUUCCGAUCAAAUGCCAUCAUCGGGUGGUGCUUUCUACAAAGCUGAAAGCGCAGAGGAAUGCCGCGAGUAUUACCGUAGUAGCUGGCCACCGAUUCUGUUGGCACUGGCUAUGUGGCUGAGCAAGUCGAAUUUCGAGUUACCAGAGAAUGCGGAGGCGCCACAAACUUGGCCAGACAACCGUAGAGAAUCCAGAUUCCAUUUGAUGAUGGGUAUCGCGGUAGAGGCCCUAUGUAGUCGAACAACUUAUGCUGACGACCAUACCAUACAGAGUUGUGUACGAGCUAUUCAUGCAUUACUGCAGUGCGAAUGGUGUCAAUUACAACUGAUGUCCGACAUCAAACUGCCAAUUGAACUGUGUAACGUCCUUCAUCGGUUGAUAUUGACUCGAGAUAAUUUGGCUACUCAGCAACUGUGUGUUGAUUGUGCUCAUGCUAUUCUGGAUGCUGCUCGAUGUUCAAUUCGCAUCAGUGCCAGUGAAGAUCUCGAAAAUGGAAAUCUACCUAAUACAACGACUGAUCCGGAAUCUCGACCAAAGAAUUUGUAUGCGGGUGGUGAAGGAGAUGAUGGUAUAGGCCAGGGCACCACACUGACCUUUGCAAUGAUGGAAUUGUGCUUAUGUGUGAUGGUGCGACAGAUGCCGCAGAUAAAUUCAGCCCAGAUGAAAAGUCGAUCACUGGCUCCGUUGCAUAUGAGGCGUUUUGGACGAUUACCAGCUGAAAGUGCUCAUCUGAUCCGAAGUGGCAUUCAAUUGCUUGUCAAUGUCCCCUCAUUAUGUUCGUCUAAAGGACGACUUGUGAUUCUGCCAAGUGUGUUGUACCUAAUUAUUGGCUUUAUUCGUGAAUCUGCACGUGUCGAUGAAAACAGCUUCGUACCUGACCUUCCACCCGGACACCUGACCAUAGUUGCUACGACAGCUCUUCAGGCUCUUCGUAACUUGGCCUCAACCCCACCUACAGAUUCGACCCUUUCUGGCUGGAUCACAAUGAUGCAGAGCGCUUUGUACUCGAUAUUGCUGCUGUGUGAUGCUGACCAUCGAAAAGACGAAUGUGUGUUGAUGCUGUCAUGUGUUGUUCUGGCGUCAGUAGCCCCUCGACAAGUUGUUCUUGGCCAUCGCGAAAGUUUUCAUAGACUAGUCCGACUCAUCCGUUCACAGUUGCACAAUGAACAUCCUCAGAUUGUUUCAAAAACCCUACAGUCUCUGUCAUCAUUGCUGGCUCGACGAGAUAUCAACGGCCCUUUUAUUUCGUCUCUUGGACGAGACGUCUUCAAUGUCAUCCGGCCACUUGUGACGGGUGAUAAUGUGGCUGCGAAGGUGAAGGACAUCACUGAAGAGCAAUUACCAGUUAUCCAAGACACUUUCAAGACUUUAGAAGUACUGGUGACAGUGGCUGAUGAGAAACGAAGUAGAGUUAUCGCUGGUUUCGCUUCUUACUCAGUCACUCUGUCGUCUGCUAUGCGCGAGUUCAGCAGACGAAUGGCGAUUAUUAAGCCAGCCAGCUCGGCGGAUACACGAGUUCGCCCUGCAACGACUAAAUGCAGUCGCACCAUCAUGGCCCGUAGAGUUCAAGCAGGUGCUGGCAUCUCAUCCGCCUCUGAAAAAACAACUGGAGAGUGCUUUAUUGUUCCAAUCAAGUCGGCAGGUACAGGCUCAGCAAGUAGCGAAAGCGAAGGCGGUGGCAGAAUCCAAGAUUUUCGUUUAAGAGAAACGGGCUUUGGAGCACCUGAGUCGUUAUUCUAG